UUAGAGAAUAAUAGAACGGACAUGUCUUACAGUUUGCUAACGAUACUGAUUUGAAAAACUCCCAUUUCUUUGUUUCUUUCUUCAAUUUUAGGUAAUCCAAUCUUCCCCUUUUCGCCACAGAUUCUCGAUUCUCCAUUUCUCUUCUUCAUCUGAUCACUCUUUAUUAUUCUGUAAUUUCUUUUACUUCUUCCAUUCUCUCCGUUACUUCAGCAAUACGCGUUUCUUCUUUCAUUUCCUGCUUGGUUUCCGAUUUGAUUGUUUGUGCUUGAAUCCAUUCUCACUGAUUUCACGGGAUUAUACAUUGGACGCUCGCAUUUGCGUUGAUUCUUACUUCUUAAUGAGUACGGCAAAUGGAUCUUGGAUUUGGAUUUGAAUUGCAAUUAUUAUUGCGUUGCAUGUGGUAUUAGGAUAUAAUGGAACUGUAACCGCUAUUGGUCCUUGAUGAACAAAGAUGGUGUUCAGAUCAAAGAUCAAAUGGAUUGCUCUUUUCGUUCUUGUCUUGUCUUUGGCAUCUCUGCUGCUUCAUCUCUCUAUCGCUAAAUCGUCGAGCGUAAGUUUGGUAUAUUACACGCAGAUGGCUAGUAUGCUGAAUACUUCAAUUAUUGGUGGGCAGGGUUAUAGGAGCAAGAAGUUGUGGGGAGCUGUAAGACCAUUAGCUUCGUUGCAACCCUAUACCAACUCCAGAAGUAGCUAUCAUGCCCCAAGUGAACAGAGUAAUGGUUUCAUUUAUGCAAAAAUAUUUGGUGGUUUCGCAAAUAUAAGAUCUUCGAUCUGUGAUCUGGUCGCUAUAUCCAGGCUACUGAAUGCAACUCUUGUCCUCCCUGAGAUUCAAGAAAGUACUCGCGCAAAAGGCAUCAGCGACAGAUUCAAGAGCUUUUCUUAUCUUUACAACGAAGAACAGUUCAUAUCUUAUCUCAAAAAUGAUGUACUUGUCGUGAGAAGUUUGCCCGAUAAUUUGAAGGCUUCAAGGAAAAGAAAUGAGUUACCUACAUUUAAACCCAAAAGUUCAGCAUCUCCUAGCUAUUAUCUUCAAAAAGUUCUUCCAAGCUUGAAGAAUGCCAAGGUCAUUGGCUUGGUUCUGAAUGAUGGCGGAUGUCUGCAGUCGGUCCUUCCUUCUGGCAUGUCCGAACUACAAAGACUCAGAUGCAGGGUCGCCUUCCAUGCACUCAAUUUCCGGCCAGAAGUUCAGAUGCUUGGAAAGAAAAUAGUGCAGAGGUUACGAGCUUGGGGCCAACCUUUCCUUGCUUUUCAUCCUGGAUUAGUCAGAGAAAUUCUAGCAUACCAUGGGUGUGCUGAACUCUUUCAGGAUGUGCACACUGAACUCAUACAGUAUCGAAGGGAGCAGAUGAUAAAAAAAGGGAUUAUCAGGGAAGAACUUAGUGUAGAUUCCCGCAAACGGAGAGAUAACGGUGCCUGCCCUCUAAUGCCUGAAGAGGUUGGGGUUCUCCUUCAGGCAACGGGAUAUCCUCCUAAAACAAUUGUUUAUGUAGCAGGGUCUGAAAAUUUUGGUGGCCAGCGCAUGCUGAUCCCUCUGCGUGCAAUAUUUAACAAUUUGGUUGAUCGCACUUCUUUUUGCAGCAAGGAGGAGUUAGAUUCCUUAUUUGGACCCGAAUCCGCUCUUCCUCUUGAUCUUUACCAACCGCCUCCUUCUAGAAGUGAGCAACAACUGAAAGAUGAGUGGAACAAGGCUGGUCCUCGGCCAAGACCUCUUCCUCCACCUCCAGAUAGACCUAUCUAUCGUCAUGAGAAAGAAGGUUGGUAUGGUUGGAUUACAGAAACAGAUAAAGAACCUGACCCUUCACCAAUGGAUAUGAGGUUACAAGCCCAUCGGUUACUUUUGGAUGCUCUUGAUUACAUGGUUUGUCUUGAAGCUGAUGCAUUCUUUCCGGGUUUUAACAAUGAUGGUAGCAGUUGGCCAGAUUUUUCAAGCUUGGUCAUGGGACAACGACUAUAUGAGAGUUCUUCAUCUAGGACAUAUCGGCCUGACAGGAAGUUCCUGGCAAAUCUUUUGAAUAUUACCCGUGAAAAUUUGUAUCAUCCAAUGCACAACUGGACACUUAAAGUGCAGGAGCAUCUCAACAAGAGCUUGGGUGAGGAAGGCCUGAUAAAACAGGCCAUCUUCUCGAAGCCUACGUCGUUUCUGUCGCAUCCACUUCCUGAAUGCUUCUGUAGAAUAUCUUCUGGUGAAGCACCUGUUCAUCUUGUGAAGGAGAAUGGCAAAACUGUUUAUGGAGACGAAGAGAAAUGCCCUGACUGGAUGUCAAAUGGUCAACAAAUCGAAUCGUUGGACUCGGCCGAGGAAGGGGAUAGUAAAUGGGAUGAAGAUAUUGAAUCAUCAGAACAAGCAGAGUCUAAUUACAACAGUGGGAAAAGCUAUUUGGAUAAUCUCAUUGAUCAGGAUGAGGAAAUGGAUCCCAACGACUAAAAUUGGGUAAGUAGACAUGAUAUUGGCUUCGGAAUGAAGAUUUUUUUUCUCUUUUGUGUAGAGGAUAGCUUUAUAGGAAAUAUAGUGCAUGCGAUUCAUAAACAUUUUUCUCAAACAUUGAAAUCAAGAAAAGUAUAGUUGUAUCAUUUUUUCCUCAGAAGAAAUUUAAAAGUGAGUUGUAGUAUGUUAUAAAAAACAUCAUAUACAGAUAGUAUAUAAUUCUUUAAA